GUGCACGUACAACGUAUACGUAUCGUACGUGUACCUGUCAUGGAUUCCGAGGAUCGACCGCGGCCACCGCGGGCACGCGUGAUCGCGCGAUUUCCUGCGUGAGAGAGUCACGCGUCGCACGCACGCGCGCACGACGAGCGGUGCCUGACGUACACGAGGAGGAAACGCAGAGCGGACGCCGUAGACGAGGUCGCCGUGGACCAGGCGUUAUCGUCGUCGUCGUCGCUGUCGUCGUCGUCGUCGUCGCCGUCGUGGUGGUGGAUCAUGAGCGUCGCGAUGACGUCGCGCGGAGGAAGGUGCUGUCGCCGCCGCCGCAGCCGCUGGUAAACGCGUCGCGACGCGCGGAGACGCGCUCUGCCGUCCCUGGGAGAGGCGUCGAGAUGAUCAUCCACGACGACGUCGGGCCCUCUGUUCUCACUCGGAGCACGGAUUCCAAGGAGCAGGUGGCAGCGGACGGGCGGGAGCUUUAAGAGCCGUGGAACGUGUCGUGCUGGAGAACGACGCGCUUAACGUCAUCGUCGUCGUCGUCAUCGUCGUCGGUAUCGUCGACGAAAAGACGAGGAGAGAGAGAGUGCACCGUCUCGCAUUCGGUGAGGGAAGACCAGCGGAAAAAUCGGGCGACGAGGAUGAGGCAGGUGGUCGUGUUGGAGCCGGCGGGCAGCGUGCUGGUGAUCAGACAGACCUCGCUGGCUGGUGGCGGCGUUGCUGGAAACGUCAACUCCAAUCCGACGGGUACCAACGACACUCACUUGGUCAAUCACGCAGCCGUCUCCACGAUUGCCUCGAACGACCACAAUCAGAACAGGAUCGUCGUGGUGCGCUCGUCUACCUCAUCCACCUGCAUGACCAGCUCGGCCGACAAUCACGCAUCGACCAAUGGCAAUGGCAACAUCAACGUUAACGCGAACAUCAACGGGAACCUGGUCGGCAUCGGUUGCAAACCGUCACCGAAGGUCGGGGUUGGCGGCGGUGGUUGCAAGAACGAGAGGAACGAUCACCUACGGAACGAGCACAAGAACCAGGACGGGAUCGUCAGCAACGAGACGAACCCAGCCGCUGGAUGUCGUCCAAGGACGAGCAAGGAAGUCGCACACGAGAACGUUGCCUCCGACAGGAAACUCGAUAGCGCGGAUCCCAUCUCCGACGGCGACCCGAUAAAGCUCCCCGAAAAUCUGGAAACCUUGCCGCGAGCUGAACACUUUCCAACUCAGAGGCAUCGAUGGAACACCAACGAGGAAAUUGCCGCGAUCCUGAUUAGUUUUCAGAGGCACGUCGAAUGGCAAAGUCGGGAGGUAAAAGUACGACCACGAAGUGGCUCGAUGUUACUAUACUCGAGGAAGAAAGUACGCUAUCGGCGGGACGGUUAUUGCUGGAAAAAGCGAAAAGAUGGAAAAACUACACGGGAGGAUCAUAUGAAACUGAAGGUUCAGGGUGUCGAGUGCAUUUACGGUUGUUACGUGCACUCGGCGAUCCUACCGACGUUUCACCGCCGGUGCUACUGGCUACUGCAGAAUCCGGACGUUGUUCUCGUCCACUAUCUAAACGUUCCUUAUCCGGACGGUGAUGCGAAGCUAGCGGCUUUGCCACCCUGUCUCGCACUACCGCCAGACAAGAAGGAGUGGACGCGAGACGAGCUAGCGUCACAAUUAAGGCCCAUGUUCCUCGGCGGGGAUGACGAUCCAAAUAAUCCUCAUCUCACGCAGCACUCGAACCAUCCGGUCGACAUGAUAGUCUCUCAGCUACUCGAUAGGCAGAGGGCAUCCACCACUUCCUCCACCAGCGGCACCCAACUUGCGCCUAGGAGACUCACGCCCGACAAUCAGGUCUCUUCGACCACGGGAGGUCAGCAACCGUCAACGACAGCAGCACCAGCACCUCGCGUGUACUCAAGACAUUCCCAUUCCACUCAGAAUCAGCAGCCGGCUCCUCUAGUUUUAAGUUUGCAACAGAUUCAAGGCGGUGGUGGUCUUCUGAUACUCAACAGUCAACCAUAUCAUCAUCAGCAGCAGCAGCAACAGCAGCAGCAACAACAGUCGCAGCAGCAGCAACAACAACAGCAAUCGCAACAGCAGCAACAAUCGCAACAGCAGCAGCAGCAGCAACAACAGAGUCAGCAGGUAGAAAUGCAACAGGUCGCAGAACAACAAAUUGUGCCGCAAAACAACGUCGAUCGAGAGCAACAAACGCAACAGGAAAUCGACGCGCAAGAGAACAUGGACAGAUCCGCCGUGCAGCCAUUACCGAUUGGCAGUUCCGGUUCUGAGGUGACCGAUUUCGCUGAGACGCUGGAUCUGAGUCAGGAGGACAUUCAGAGAACAUUGUCGGCCAACAUGGUGCCGCCAUCGCCAUCGCCCUCACCAGCAGACAACAAUAUGAUCAAUCCGAUGGACUUCAUCGACUCGUCGGACGAUGUGCUGGUAAAUCUGGACGCGUUCGACGUGUUCGGCGAUUUGCCAGAGCUGCACGACUUUGAGGCCGAUCAGACGAAACAUGAGGAACAGCGUGGUCCUGAGAACGACGUCGGAUGUCAUCCUGGUACAACCGUCCAUAUUGCAGAAUAUAGUCCUGAAUGGAGUUACACCGAGGGUGGUGUAAAGGUAUUAGUUGCUGGUCCAUGGACUGGCGGUAGCGGUUCCCAAUCAUAUUCGGUACUUUUCGACGCGGAACCAGUAGAAGCGUGCCUCGUGCAACCAGGUGUACUGCGUUGUCGAUGUCCCGCGCACGCACCCGGAAUAGCGUCCCUUCAGGUGGCUUGCGACGGUUUUGUCGUGUCCGAUAGCGUUGCGUUCGAAUAUCGUAGAGCACCCACGAGCGAACCUAGCCCAGAAAAAGCUCUACUGGACCGUCUUGCGGACGUCGAGGCUCGUCUGCAGGGGCCCGGUCCCCCUUCACCUGCAGCUCAUCUGGAAGAGCGACUGGUUGCUUAUUGCCAGGAUGCUGUUGUCCGUCCUUGGCGAGCUGGAGCGGAACCUCUUCAAUCCGGUGGGCCUACCCUCCUGCACUUGGCAGCCGGAUUGGGAUACUCCAGGUUAGCCUGUGCACUCCUUCACUGGAGAGCGGAAAAUCCUAGUAGCGUUUUGGAUGCCGAGGUUGAUGCUCUUAGACAAGAUAGUGCUGGCCUUACGCCACUCGCUUGGGCUUGCGCGGCAGGGCAUGCCGACACCGCCAGGAUUCUUUACAGAUGGAACGCUAUGGCGCUUCGUGUGAGGGACUGUCGGAAUAGAACAGCGACCGAGCUGGCCGCGGAGAACGGCCACACGACAAUCGCCGAAGAACUGAAUCAGUUUGAAGCUCGAAGGCAAGACGAGAGGCUUUUCUUGCGACCCGCCAGCCCUAGCCCUAGGAGGCCCUCUCAAGACAGCGGUCUCGAUCUGGCGUUGUGUGGCUCGCCGCUACUGGACAACAUGGAAUUGUUGCAAGAGGAUGAGUCAUCAUUAGGCCUCAGCGAACAGGGAAUGGAGAGCGCUCCGACCCCUCAGGAGACCGUAGGGGAAGAAGACGUGAGGGUGCUGACAUUGGCAGAGCAAAUUAUAGCGGCGCUACCGGAAAGGAUCAAGAGGGCGGGGGGUGAUUCUCCGUCUUCUUCCUCAUCACCACCCGCGGCACCCCUAUCACCCUUGGAAGACGCUCUGAUGGAACAAAUGCCCCUCGACUCUGGAGAACUGUUCGACUCAUAUCGCGACUGUGGCGGCGGCGCCGCGUCGAUCUCAGACGCCGACGCCGACGCCAGUCCCUCCAGUCCAUCGAGUAGCUGCCUGACGCCGGACUCGCCGUCUCCGCCGCCCACCACAGCUGACUUUUGCGAGUUCCUGCAGCUGCAGCUGCAACUUGACAGCAACGGCAACGCACGCAAUGGCCAAUACUAUCCAUCAAACUGCGGCGAGCGGAAGCUGAACGGUAUGCUCGGUUCUGGCGCCAUAACGGUGACCGGAAAUGGUGACAGCGAGGCGGACCUGAGCAGGUUGACGCUCUCUGACCGUGAGCAAAGAGAGCUCUAUCACGCCGCCCGGAUGAUCCAAAAGGCAUACAGGAGCUACAAGGGUCGUCAGAGACAAGAGGAAGCCGAGAGGCACGCCGCCGUUCUGAUCCAACAGUACUAUCGCCGUCACAAGCAGUACGCUUAUCACAGACAAGCCACGAAGGCGGCCCUGGUGAUCCAGAACAACUAUCGAAAUUAUCGCUCGCGACCGGGCACGGCCAGCGCCAGGCAGCAGGCGGUCCAUCAGCAAGCGGCUCAUCAGGCCGCGCGGAAGAUCCAGCAGUUCAUGCGGCAGUCCAAGAUCAACUUGUCGUGGGACGAUUCACGACCGGUAAGUAACGACCUCGUAGAUGGGGCGAUCGUUUCGGGUGGUGCACAAUGCUCGUUUGUCCUCCUCGCUCGCUCCUGUGCUCUUCUGUGCCGGAGGGAAUUAACGCUUUCGUCGUUACGUGUCUCUAUAUCUCCGACCUGUGCACCUUGUACCACAGACCACACGACCUAA